GCGGAGCACCCGUCAGCGCAUGCGCGUCCAAACAGAGACGAAGAAAUGUCUGUGUACAUGUGACCCUCCAUGUGCUAGGAAAUCGUUAGUGAUUUUGAUCGAUAAUAAAUUAACAUACUUUACAACUAAACUUCAGGUCUCUUUGUUUAUGACUAGUGUUUGUAAGAUUUAACCACAUAAUGUUUAAGAAGCUGUCAUAUGCUGUCUUAGACUUUGAACCCAAAGCCCAUCCAAUAAACUCCUUUAAGGAGUUAUAAGGUCUCUUAAUACCUUUAGCAAACGUUCACCAUGCAAGCCAUGAAGAACAGCGGUGUGAGAAGUUGUGUGGAUGUGUUUUCCUCAAGACCAAAGCUAGACUGGAGGUUUGUCCAAAGAUUCUGCAGAAUCCUGAAGAUCCUUUUCCCAUCCUGGUCCAACCAGAGUGUCCGAAUGUUCCUGACGCUUCUUGGAGUCACACUUUCAGUUCAGCUUGUGAUUUAUCAAGUGGGUCUCAUUCCGAGUCAGUUCUACGAGGUUCUGUCUGAGAAGAACUAUGGGAAGUUCAAAAAUCUGGUGCUGUUUGCGGUUAUGCUUAUUCUGAUUAAUUCAACGCUGAAGAGUCUGGACCAGUACAUCUCCAGUCUGCUGUAUGUCAGCUGGAGGAAGUCUUUGACUGAAGAACUCCAUAGAACAUACUUCAAGGGACGUGUUUACUACACCCUCAACGUACUGUGCAAAGACAUCGACAACCCAGACCAGCGCAUCAGUCAGGACGUAGAGAGGUUAUGUAAGCAGAUGAGCACUAUGGCGAGUCGGCUUCUCAUUUCGCCGUUCACCGUGACCUACUACACCUAUCAGUGCUUCAACAGUGCUGGCUGGAUUGGAUUUGUAAGCAUCUUUGGCUACUUUGUGGUUGGAAGCAUCCUCAACAAGAUCUUGAUAGGACCCAUCGUGUCCAUGCUGGUUGAGCAAGAAAAGUUGGAGGGAGAUUUUAGGUUUAAACACAUGCAAAUUAGAGUGAACGCCGAAGCUGCCGCUUUCUACAGGGCAGGUAAGGUGGAACACAUGCGGACCGACCGGAGGCUGCAGAUGCUCUUAUCCACUCAGAGAAGCUUGAUGAACAAAGAGCUAUGGCUUUACAUUGGAGUAAACACCUUUGACUACCUGGGCAGUAUCCUCAGCUAUAUAGUGAUCGCGAUCCCCAUCUUUGCUGGAGAUUACGACGGCCUGACACCUGGAGAACUGAGUGCUCUUGUCAGUAAGAACGCUUUCGUCUGCAUCUAUCUGAUAAACUGCUUCACACAGCUCAUAGAUCUCUCAACCACAGUGUCUGAUGUCGCUGGAUACACACACCGAAUCGGAGAACUGCGGGAAGUGAUGGCAGACAUUGCCAAGAAACAGUGUGAGCAGGAUCAGUACGAUCCACUUUCAAAGGAUGAACCUUACAGUGUCCCAGCAGACACUGCGUUUGUGCUGGAUCGUCUCUCUUAUAAGUCACCCGUCUCAGAAGAGCUGCUUGUGAAGGAUCUGACUCUUAAGAUCAGUCAAGGAACACACAUGCUUGUGGUGGGAAACACGGGAACAGGGAAGACCUCCCUGCUCCGGGUCCUCAAUGGCUUGUGGGAAGCAUGCAAUGGUUCUGUGGAGAUGACCACAUGUUUUGGACCGAGGGGUGUGCUUUUCCUGCCACAGAAAGCAUAUCUUACUGACGGCACUCUCAGAGAGCAGGUUAUCUAUCCAUUAAAGGAUAUAUAUCCUUCCUCAGGGUCUAUAGAUGAUGAACGAAUACUAAAAUACCUGGAACUCGUUGGUUUGUCUAAUCUUCUGAGCAGAAUAGGAGGACUGGAUACAAAAGUAGACUGGAACUGGUAUGAUGUUUUAUCUCCAGGAGAAAUGCAGAGGCUUUGUUUUGCUAGGCUGUUUUACCUGCAGCCCAAAUAUGCAGUACUGGAUGAGGCCACCAGCGCUCUGACGGAGGAGGCCGAGGGUCAGCUCUAUAAGGCCUGUAAACAGCUGGGAAUGACCCUCAUCAGUCUGGGUCACCGUAGCACUCUGAAAAAGCAUCAUGAUAUCAUGCUGCGACUGUGCGGAGGUGGCCAAUGGGAGCUCACCAAACUCAAAGAGGCGUGAAACUUCAAACCCGCUAUAAUGAGAAAUUAUUGGUCCGUUUUGUAGUUAUGGGUGCAUUCAGUCGAGACUCUGGAGAUAUCUUGUCUGCUGUGAUUUACUGAAGUUCUUGAUACAGUAAUUAUGCAGUAUGUAUGAGUCAUUUUGAAACUGUUUGUCUCAACGUACUUUUCAUAUAGCGAUGUAUUCCUUUUUUAUUAUGCAAGUUUUUGCUGCUUCAUUCAACCUUUAUUGAUUGUUUGCACAAAAAUGGGAUUUUUAUUAUGAAGGACAUUUAAGAGUAUUUCAAGAAUAAUUUUGGAUAAAGUGACUACAGAACAUUUCAAA